AUGUCAGUAAUUCGAACGAGUACAUUUGUCUACAUAACUGUGAGCGAUAUCUGCACAUUUUCUCGCCUAAAAGAACAUUACAAAACGAAUCAUGUUGCCUCGACGAAUCUAUUUAACACCGAUACCCGUCCAACGGCAGUUCAACAACUUUAUGAGGCCGCCGCUAAAACUCCAAUACCUCUCAUGCGACAAAUGGAUCGUUGGCGUCGCGACGGACAUCGUUCAUCGAAAUUCUUUGUCUGCACUCCUGUAUUGGGCGAACGAAGAAAGAAAAUACGGACCAGGGUCGAUAUCGACAUUGAAACUCGAAUGCCGGCCGCUCUUGACGACCUCCGCAGAUGGACAUCGGCGGAAGCGUUGGGCGACGUAACCAUCGGGCCGAAUUGUCCUAAUCGUAUCGUUCCAAACGUUACAUAUUCAGACGGUAACGUGACAGAUGGAACGAUUCACUCGGAUGACGAAGCAAUCGAUUAUAAAUUACCCUCGCCCGAAGAACAACUCCAAGUCAUCGCUCUUAAAUUUCCCGCCGAAAUUGUUGCUGUCGAUGUAUCUGGUAAGGCGUUUAAUCGAAUGUCGAUACAGAGGAGGUCUGUUCUUCGCGGCGACCCUAAUCGAACGGAGGGCGACACCAUCCGUCUCAGAACGAGAACGCGGAAGCCGAGAAGUCGACGGAGGAAUACUCUGGCGGGUACGGAUCAGAAGGAAAUACAGGACGCGAUAGUCGCGGGAGAGGAAACUUUGGAACAACCCGACGCGGAAAGUAAAAGCGAAACGGGUUGCGUGUUUCGUAGUAAAAGUAGCGAACCUCUACGAGCGUCGAAAAAAGAUUCGUCUUUGGAGAAAAAGUCGCACUUCUCUAGUUUAAAGCAGUGGGGUAAGAAUCGACUAAAAAUUCUAAAUAAAUCGGAUUCGUCGAAAUCGCCUCCGAAGUGCGAAGAUGGAGAUGUAAAUGUUUACGAAACAAUUACGCUUAAACGCAAACGAAGCUUGAGAGAGAAAAAAAUUGUGCACGAACGCAACAAUUCGUGCUCGUCCUCGGAAAAAUCUAGCAUUAAUUUACCAAUUACGACACCUUUGGCCAAUUUAGCCGUUAAAUUACGCGAAAGUUCUGUACAACGCCGGUUGAGGCGGUCUGGAGGGAAUAAGGAUGAGCCACACUCUUCUAGUGGUAAUUGGAGUGCCAGCUCUGAAAGUGGUAGGGCAUCCAUUGGUUCAGAAAUAACCGGUACAACUCAACCAAAGUCCACGACGUCGGCGGCCACCUCGAGUAAUUCACUAAAUGCGCACCCUCCCAGUUCGGUGAACAGUAAGCGAAAGUUUAACAUCAACACUUCCGGAUCUAGCAGCAUUACAAGCGAGGGUACGCUAACCCCCGACAUUCACGAUUUUCACGAGGACGGAGAGACGAGCUCGGUUUACUCGUGCGACACCGAGGGCUACUACACCUCUUUCCAUAUGGACAGUGGCCUGAAGACCCUCAAAGAGGAGGACAUGCCAGUGACCCCAUUGCAUUCCACUAGCGCAUUUUCAAACACCAGCUCCAUAAACACGAUUUUAACGGCCGAAAAUGAGUACGAACUGUUCGGUAAAGGUUCGACGUCAACUACAGCGAGUUCAGCCGGUACCGUUUGUACUACACUAAUAGCGACCGGUAGCAACAAGUCUCUUGCCCUUGCGCCCGCCGUUCCUGAGAGGAAAAGCUCGCUUACAAAAACGAACGAUAAUUCCCCUGGAAGUUCCUUGGAACGUGAGUUCGGCAGUGAUAAAACCGGGACCGUGAAACGUAGCCCGGCCAGCGGAAGUAAGUCGACGGUGAUUGCACUAAUCCAUCAGCAAAAUAACGGCGAUAUUUCGCCGGACAGCGGUCACAACACCUCCAGCUCGCCAAUCGAAUCUGCCAAUAGUCCGAACGGUGUCAGAAGUUGUUCCGAGUUCGAAUUUUCGGAGUGCUCCGACAUGGAGGGCGCUGACAGAAUAGAACGUAUCAGAGUAAAAACCACGAUUAAUUCUAGCCGUAUUCCCUCGAUGUGUGUAAUCACACCACCACAUAGCGAUGACGACGAAGAUCAAAUCGGAAAACCCCAAACGUUUCGACCUUUAGAAACUGAUUUGGACAAGCUCCCAUUUGCCGACACUGAGGAAGAGCCGACGCGUAUGAUGAUAAUUAACGUCAAUCCGGAAUCGGGAUACGCCACAGUCGAAACCAAAAAUAUUCUAAAUGCGCAAAUUAGCGAUUUGACUAAGGCGCUCUCGAGUGUUCGGGCCGCUUCUCCAAGCGGGGGAACUGUGGUAAUUAAAGAGGAAGUGACAAAACCGUCCCAUCAGCCCAUUUUCAAGGCGUCACUUCUUCCUCUGAAUAAUGUGCUGGGCAAGCUGAAAAGUAACAUUGUCAAUUUCUCAAAGAGAGACAAGAUUUGUUUAAAGAACGUCGACGUGAUCGACGGUUUUGCGGAUGAAUCGGGCGACUAUGUGACGAUAGCCGAUAUUAAAAAUAAUAACGAGAAAGUUCCUAUUUAUGCCGAAACUAUACCUCCACCAGCUGAGUAUGUUUCACUCAAUGAAAUUUCAUCGGACGCGGGGGAUUCACUCGAGCGGAAACGAAGGCAAGGUGCCAGAGUGACUCUAAACGCCGAAGGAAAAGUGGUAUAUACCUCCGAUAGUUUAAGACGCCGGAAAGGGGCGCACACGACUUUCGAGCCUGGCCCGUACGUCAAAGAAUCACAGGUGCCGUCAGAAAGUCCAGUUCCAGCGCAUAGAAACCUGAAGUGUGUUCGGCCGGUGCAAUCACAAGACAACCUGCGGUCACUAUCGCCACCGCUUGGACGAGUGGUGAUAAAAGCGACAAGUCCAACACCUGAAAUAGUACGCGUUCCGCCAACCACCAUAGUAACCCCUACAAUCAGGCCUAUUUCUCCAAAACCCAUAAAUUCGCGUGGAGCCUACGUUCACAUGCAAGAUGCACGCGGGUCUCUAUCCCCUUCCUAUGAGAAAGAUUCUGUAUAUUCUCCGGCUAAUCAACCGACUGCAUCCAAUAAGUGGGCAAUGGAGAAUCCAAUUCAUCGUACAAUUGAUACUGACUCGUACGGUUAUCACAACCCUUUGUUGGAUACAAAUUUGUAUUGGAAAGGAAACGAUACUUACCAUACUCUACCAAACAAAAAGUCUCAGUAUAUAUCAAGUAAUUUGAAAUUGGAACGGCCAACAACACCCGAUAUAAUGCGCGGCCACGUUAAUCACAAACAUCCUAAUCUUCACCAAACAUUGCCAAAUCGACAAUACUUAGUAAAAAAAUUAGGAAUGCCUGUGCAAUUACCUCAAGUAACCGACGUAUCGAUGGAAUAUAAACCACAAGUGCCUUCACUAUCUCAUUUUGAUACACUUGGAAACGAUUCACUAAAAAUUUCGCCUAUAGAUCCUCGAAACUUGGGUGGUGGAUUUCAAUCUUCUACACCAUCAUCGAAAAGUCGUAAUGAUUUAAAAGCAGCUGUAAAUUUAGAACAAAAGUUACUGUCUCCAAAGAAGUCUACUAUGAGUACUGAUGAACUGUAUGCCGUCAUACACAAGGGUAAAAAGAAGAUGAAUAUUAGCACAGUUGACAAUCGUAUUGAUUCACCUACGUUAACUCCAAAGCGAUGUAAAAGUCCAGAUACCAAAGUCAAAUCUCCCGAAACCGGGUAUUUGGGAGAGAAAACGCGUUCGCGAUUCAGCUGGUCGCCUAGCGACGGCGAGUUUGUAGAGUACAACACAAAUAUCGACAAGUUGUCACCUGAAAGGCAAAACGGAACCUGCAACAACCGCAAAGGUACGCCGCAGACAUCGCGUCUUGACUUCAAAAAGCUACUAUUACAACAUAGCACAAAAACAAAUGUAGCGUCCGUUCAUACCAAAAAAUUGUCAGCAGUCGAGCAGCUAAAGUUAUCAAAACAUUCCCCCCAACCACUCCAAACAGAUCUGAAAAUUCUGGAGCUAAGCGCCUCACCGAAGACACUCCAGAAUCGACGAUUUACCUCCAGCUCGCCCUCUUCUCCUAAACACUUCGGCGAAAAACAGAAGUGCAUGCCGAAAUUGAUGUCACCAAAGUCACAGUGGAGAUUCACCAACCCUCGAACCGACGUUCUCUCUUCCACAAUCCCGGAAGAUUGUGGCGAAGACGAGACCGGUAACAGUUCGACGCUACGAAGAAAUCUUGCCGAUUUUAGAAGUGGCACGGUUCUCAAAUCGACCCAAAACUUUACAGAUGCCAACUGUACAAAGCCUUCCAAUGUUCCAACCGUAGCCCAACGCAUCAGGGCCCAAAGGGCCCGCUUCUUUAGCUCGCCACAAUCGACUUCUACGAAAGAUUCAGCAAAGGAAAACAAAGCAGUUCUUCCAUCCUCUACAUUGGAAACAGCAUUUUAAUUUUUAUUUUUUUUAUAUCUAGUCCAAGCAAAUUUUUUUUUUAUAAGAUCGAGAAGCUGAAUUUUAAUACUUCCACCGUUUUCCUCUCUUAUUUAUUAUUUUCGUUUGGGAGUAAAAAUUUAGCUCUCUUUUUUAAUGACGUUAGUACAAUAUUUUUACCUACUUACUCUCGCAUAUCAUUCUCGUACAUGUCCAUCUUAGUAAAAGCCUUGUUUCUUUAUGCAGUUAUAUUUUUGUUGGUUUUUUAUAGUAUAUAAUGGUGUAUAUAGAAGAUGUGAUUGAUGCCUUUAAUAAUAUAUUGACAAUU